AAAAGAAAAAUAAAAAUAAAAUUCAAAGCGGAGCGCAAAUAGUUUAUUCCGAAAAAUAUAAAAGAAAACAUCUCAGUGGUACAGGUCGUAGAUUUCAGGUGAAAGUCGAGAAUUCCAGCAUUUAUCUCGCAAAUUGGAAAUGCAAUACUAGUCAAUUGCUCUCUGAUUUCUUCACACCUGAGGUGGGUCUAUAAUCUGUUAACAGAUGUUGAGCUCCGGGAAUGGCUUUGAUUGUAUCACCGCGCCUCGAUUAAUUAUGCUGGCCACCCUAGUUGUACUAUCAUGGGUGGUUGGAGUUGCCUCCAUGGCAGUGCCGAGUUCUAAUUGCUACGCUCUUGAUAAUUCCAGCCACAUUGUUGAUUUUACAAGCUGGAAAGGACAUCUUUUUGAGUAUGAGGGAGAGGAGUCAGACAUGGUUGUUCGAUUUUGCAAAGACGUGGAGAGCAGAUCACAAACAGGAUAUGUUGAUUUUGGCCGCUUUGAUACAUAUAACCAUUUUGUUGCUGGCUCUGGACGUGUCAACUUUGUUCAAGGAUUCUAUGAGGGUGAUCUCAUGAAUUGUGAGCAAAGUUAUAACAAAUUGGGGCGCACGGCUCAGGUAAAUAUCAUAUGUGGAAGUUGUUUCAGCAGACAAUGUAAAGGUGAACUUGGAUGUAUAUGCAGUGUUACAUAUGAAUCAUCUUGCAGAGUUAUUGUGGAACUUGCUAUUCCUUGUGAGAAACGUGGUCCACGGGUUUUUGAAGGAUUCACUAUUGGGUUUCAUCCACGGUCAUGGGAAAUUGUCUACAAUGGCAUGACCCAACCUGGUUUUGAGAAGUCUCACAAUGAAUUUCACUUUAGUACUGAACAGACUCGUGUUACCCUUCAUAUGACUGCAGUUGCAUCCCUCUCAAAUUUGGUGCAAAAACCAACUGUGAAGGUACUCCCGCAGAAUGGCCUAGAAGUUCAUCUAUCUGGCUCUGGUGCUUCUGGAACUCCCCCAACAACUUUGUCACCAACUGUUUUGACUGUAGAUUGGACAUGUAAAAAGGUACACACUACUCCUUACGAAGUGGAAAUCACUAUUCCUGUGGAGAAUUAUGAUCCAGUCAAGUUCACACUUACAAAAAUGUGCGAUCACAAACAAGAUGAUGGGAAAGCGACAACGAAAGGAUGGGCUAUAUUUGGAAUCUUAUCAUGCAUAUUCUUUGUUUCACUUACCCUGUUCUGCUGUGGUGGAUUUAUUUAUAAAUUACGGGCACAAAACCAGCAUGGGCUUGAUGCAUUACCAGGGAUGACCUAUUUAUCUGCAUUCUUACAAACUGUGUCUGGAGGAGGUCAGGGUUACCAAAGAGCAGAAGAGAGUAACAAUCCCUUCAUCCCUGCUGCUCAAGGAACUGGAAGGACUGAGGUCAGAUAUGGUUCCAUUUAAAUGUACAUACUCUCGAGUCCAAAGCAAACAUGACGACAAGGAUCUGUUUUGUUGAGGUUUCAGUGUCAGCUUAGCACAUUUGAAUUUCAGUCACGAGCCAUUGAUAACGACGAUUACUGCAUGCAACUGCUGCUUAAAUGCUGAAAAUUGACUUUCUACUGCGUUGGCAAAAGUUUUCUUUGAUCUGUUUAGCUUACUUUAUGGUUAAGGGUGCUAUGUUUUACGAUCCUUGGUUCAUAGAGUGAAUUACAGUAAACAGCAUCUAUUUAGUCACAUGUAGUGUUUAUCACUGGGCUACUGACUUCUAACAACUUCUUCAUAUAGUUAUAGGAACAAACCACAUGAAAUUACUUGAUUUGUUUAUAUUUUUUUGGUGAUGUACUUUUCUCUCUUCCCUUCAAGUUCUUUUCGAAGACUUGUUUUUGAUUAAGAUGAAAAACAAAGCUUAAGACAUGGUAAAGAUAGGAUUCAAACCGAAAGGGAGACUGGCAAAUAAUCUAGAAUUUAUUGAUGUAUCCUGAAGAUUUGCUUAUAAUGUCCUAUUUUCGGAUGAAGUUCUCGCAUCCAAAAAUUUAAGCCCUAGGUUAUCAGACAAUAUGAAUGAGUUUCAAGAUGGAAGUUAACACUGGUGACUAUAGAUGUGAAGCCUUAUUUUACUUGUAAUUCUGCUAUCUGCUCUUGUUUUAUUUGUUUGUUUAUAUACCUUCUUCAUUGAUCAUUGAUGCAUAUAAUUUGGCAUUCGUUGAUAAACAAAGGUGCCUCAUUUUAUUA